GGGGCCUGGCCUGGGAAUCCGCUGCUUCCCAUUCCAGGCACAGGGGCACAACAUGGCGGAUUAGGAGGCGAGCGACGCGCCCGGAUACAACCAACAAAUCGUGGGAUACUGAUUCCCCGUGUCGCGGAGAGGGCAGGAAUACAGGCUUUUCGGAAAGCUAGCGCACAUCUUUAAGACUUCCCGAGACAUGCAUUUUGGAUUCCAGUAAGCGCCUUUGUUGCUUUGCCCCACUCCAAAUUGGCUGUCUGUCCGAGAUCAUUCCUAUCACCCAGGCCCCCCACCCCGAACACACUCUCUGUUCCUGGGGUGUGGAGACAGGGGCCGGGGAAGUGGAAAACAAUCGCACUUUAUCUGGAACAUCAGGCUCCGUAGUGCGGGACAGGGCUGUCAAGGAGAUCAUUGUGCGAAUGAGUGAGUGAUGCAGGUUUCGUUUUUCCAGGGCAGUAUGGGUGUGUGUCCCCUGCUCCUGCUACUCCACGUAGCCUUUGUGGCCCUCAGCACGGCCCAGACACUCCCUGACCCUUCAGGUGCAGUCCUAACCGCCAAACCUACACACCCUCCUCCCACAUCACCCGCUAUAGUCACCCGGGCACCCCCAUCAUCCACCCCAUCUGCAGCACCAUCUCCUGAACUUUUUGUAACAACAGGACUCAAUGACUCUGUGGGCGUGGUGACCCCAGAGGUUCCCACAGCCCCUCCUGUUGUGGCCGUCCCUACCGAGGCACCACCCGCCCCCCCAACCCCAUCUGCCGCGUCCCCGUCCCUCACCACUGUCAAGACUACAGUUUUGGCUACAGCAGAGCCCCCUAAACCUGACCCGACACCCACUCAGUCCACUUCAGAGCCUGAGACAGACACUCCGUCGGCCCCUACAGAUGCCACCACAGCUGACAUCAGCAAGCCUCCAGAUGAUGAUGGGCAAGAUGACACUGCGGUCAUGGCGGUGAUGGUUGCCCUGUCCUCUCUGCUGGUCAUUGUCUUCAUCAUCAUCGUCCUGUAUAUGCUCAGGUUUAAGAAGUACAAGCAGGCAGGGAGCCACUCCAAUUCCUUCCGCCUGACCAAUGGCAGAGCUGACGACACAGAACUUCAGAGUGUGCCGCUAUUGGCUCGCUCUCCUAGUACCAACAGGAAGUACCCGCCCCUUCCUGUCGACAAGCUGGAGGAGGAAAUGAACCGUCGAAUGGCCGAUGACAAUAAACUCUUCCGGGAAGAAUUCAACGCGUUGCCUGUAUGUCCUAUUCAGGCCUCAUGUGAUGCUGCCUCGAAGGAGGAGAAUAAGGAGAAGAACAGAUAUGUCAACAUCCUGCCCUAUGAUCAUUCUAGGGUGCAUCUGACUUCUCUGGAGGGUGUUCCUGACUCAGACUACAUCAACGCUUCCUACAUAAAUGGAUACCAGGAGAAAAACAAAUUUAUUGCUGCACAAGGACCGAAAGAGGAAACGGUUAAUGACUUCUGGAGGAUGAUCUGGGAACAGAACACUGCCACCAUCGUCAUGGUAACCAAUCUAAAAGAGAGGAAAGAGUGUAAAUGUGCUCAGUACUGGCCCGACCAGGGAUGCUGGACCUACGGAAAUAUCCGUGUGUCAGUGGAGGACAUGAUGGUUCUGGUUGACUAUACCAUCCGCAAGUUCUGCAUUCAGCAGGUGGGUGAUGUGUCUGGUAAGAAGCCUCAGAGGCUGGUCACACAGUUUCACUUCACCAGCUGGCCUGAUUUUGGGGUUCCUUUCACUCCCAUUGGCAUGCUGAAGUUCCUUAAGAAGGUCAAGACCUAUAAUCCACAGUAUGCUGGACCCAUAGUGGUUCACUGCAGUGCGGGUGUCGGCAGGACAGGGACCUUCAUCGUGAUCGAUGCUAUGCUGGACAUGAUGGGGGCGGAGAGAAAGGUCGACGUCUUCGGAUUUGUCACACGGAUCAGAGCCCAGCGCUGUCAAAUGGUCCAGACCGAUAUGCAGUAUGUGUUUAUAUUCCAAGCUUUGCUAGAGCACUACCUGUAUGGGGACACAGAGUUAGAAGUGACGUCUCUGGAGUCUCACCUAAAUAAGCUGUAUGCUCCUUUACCUGGAGCUGGCUGUGGAGGACUGGAGGCAGAGUUUAAGAAACUUACCUCCAUUAAAAUCCAGAAUGACAAGAUGAGAACAGGGAACUUGCCUGCCAACAUGAAGAAAAACCGUGUUUUGCAAAUCAUUCCAUGGACCUUCAUCGUGAUCGAUGCUAUGCUGGACAUGAUGGGGGCGGAGAGAAAGGUCGACGUCUUCGGAUUUGUCACACGGAUCAGAGCCCAGCGCUGUCAAAUGGUCCAGACCGAUAUGCAGUAUGUGUUUAUAUUCCAAGCUUUGCUAGAGCACUACUUGUAUGGGGACACAGAGUUAGAAGUGACGUCUCUGGAGUCUCACCUAAAUAAGCUGUAUGCUCCUUUACCUGGAGCUGGCUGUGGAGGACUGGAGGCAGAGUUUAAGAAACUUACCUCCAUUAAAAUCCAGAAUGACAAGAUGAGAACAGGGAACUUGCCUGCCAACAUGAAGAAAAAUCGUGAGAAGUGUGCUCAGUAUUGGUCUAGUGAUGGUGUGAUGGUUUGUGGGGACAUGUCUAUUGAGUUGAAGAGGGAGGAGGAAAGUGAAAGCUACACUGUUAGGGACCUUCUCGUCACCAAUAACAGAGAAAAUAAGUCUCGUGCUGUGAGGCAGUUUCAUUUCCACGGCUGGCCAGAGGUGGGCAUCCCAUCUGACGGGAAGGGUAUGAUCAACAUCAUCGCUGCAGUUCAGAAACAGCAGCAGCAGUCUGGAAACCACCCAAUCACUGUGCACUGCAGUGCCGGAGCAGGGCGCACGGGGACAUUCUGUGCUCUGAGCACGGUCCUGGAGCGGGUGAAGGCGGAGGGCAUUCUGGACGUUUUUCAGACGGUGAAGAGUCUAAGACUACAGAGACCGCACAUGGUGCAGACACUGGAGCAGUAUGAGUUCUGCUACAAAGUGGUCCAGGAAUACAUUGAUGCCUUCUCUGACUACGCCAACUUCAAGUAAAGCCAUGCCCACCUGCAGAAGAUCGGACAGACUUUCCCAGUCAUGCACUCAAGUCCACACUUUCACAAAAACACCGCUAAAUGAGACAGACUGCCAGCGCAAAGCAAAAGGGAAUGAAAAUCCUUUGGCCGGCAAGCACGAGAACACAUUGGUGCUGAAGAUGGAAAGAAAACAAACAAAGAAAACACCAUUAGAGAUGCCUUCUUGAAUAUUUUGUGAUAUUGCUCUUGUUAAUAAGGCCCUUACCCAUUUCUCUCAGUGUAAAUAUGCUCUUGUAUUUUUUUUUUGUUUUUUUUUUUAUUUGUUUGGUUUUAGAAGCCGUUCUGUUGUGGUUUUUAGAGUAACCUUAAUAUAGUUUACUGGUAUAUAAAUGCAUAUAUGAAUAGCGCUAUAGAGACAGACGUGAAAGAGAGGUAGCAAAAUGAGGGUGCUUUUCAAUGGGUGUUUUAACAAAAACUUGCUUCUUUCUCUGCAGUUGAGAGACUGAAACCUAUUUGAAUGGCAGCUCAAUCCCACUUGCCUGUAGCUACAUAGCGCAGAAUGCGGCAAAAUCAACCAAUCGUGGUGCUUCAGCGACUGUAAAUGCGUGCAUUCGCAGAACACCCUUCACUGUGCUUUUCGAUUGUUUACUGGAGUGGCAGAUAUAAUUUUGAGUGUUUUGACACUCUCAUUGAGUCCAUUUUUUUGGGGGUGUGACUAAGGCAUCCCUUAGAAAUGAAGAUAUGAAGUGUGUCUUUGUAGUGUCAGUUUUGUUAGAUAGUGUGCCAGACCCGACUUGUGUUCUGCCUUGGUCCAAACUAGACAAUGGUAGAGAAAGAUAAGACUUAAAAAGACAAACAAGAGGAAACCCUGAGUGUUAAGACUGGAGAAAUUCAGUUUAACAGACUCCUCACUUCAUUUUUCUUUUGUGUUGUUUUGUCCCCUUUUUAAAGUUUCAUUCCAUGCUUUUUUCCCCAAACAUCUUUUCUUUUCAAGAUCGCUCUAAAAGCACCUUCUGUAUUUGCGAUUGUAACCAAGGAAGGGAUGUUUACUUUCCCGGAUGUCUGAUAAUUGGCCUUAACAACUGUGCUUGACAAUAAGGUUUCAUAAUGUAUACGCAGUUACUUUUCCUUAAUUUGAAGAUAAAUGAUCCCACCGGCCCGUCUAUUUGCAAGGUACUGGGGCAAAGUUGAUCCAGAAAGUUCUAGUAGAAAUGACACAAUCACCUGAUCAUCUGUUCCUGCCCAUGUAAAGGACUUCAGCCAUUGUGCCGAAGUCAACGAGCCCUUUCCAGCUCCACUGAGCCAGUUAGAUUGAUAUAUGACCCUUUCAGCCCUUAGCGGUGAGUACUUUCAACUUCUCCAAGCAAAAAGAACAGGUCGAUGGUAUGAAUGAGGACGUGUAUUGUCGUUUUAACUAGUGGAAACAUCUAAAGCUGAUUGUCAGUGGAAAGCAAGUUAUUUUCCAGGGAAUAAUUUAUGUAGGUUAAGCCCUCGUUCCACACUGCCUUGUGUUAGGAAAUGUAAGUUUUAUGAAAUGUAUGAUUUAGCUCCUAAAUAAACCCAAUAGGUGUCGUUCAAAAUCA